CUAUGUUUUCCAAGUGUAAUGAGCGCUGGUAUGCACAGUUCACGCUCAACUAGAUAACAGUUCGGAAACAGCCUCCUCGCAGUCAACCGAGCAGAUAAGACUGAUGUAAAUUUGAUAGUUACCUAAGUAGAGAGGUAUAUUCAGAAUCCCACUCGGCCUCAAAUGGACCCAGUCAAGCUCUCUUACAUCGGUGCCGAGAUAUUCGAUGCGUUCAAAAAAAUAUUGGAUACUAAACACCCCGACGGAAUCCCCGGACAUCGCCACCUAGCCAACGAAGAGCAGAGGUUCAGGCUAUGGGCUCACAGUCUAGGCCUGAACCAAUAUGGACAUGCGUCGCUAGACUACCGGGUGCGAGAUGCUAUCAUCGCAAAGGACCGUUUGACACAAAUUCUAUCAAGUUUACGAGAGCAUCUUGGUAAUUUACUAGCUAUCGCCAAUGGCGAGCGACACCCAUUCGAGCAGGAUUUCGAGUACAUUGAGGACUCUGAUAGUGAAGACUCCACGGAGAGCGAGACCGAAUCCUGUGCUAGCACACAGAGCCAUUCUAGAAGCAAUAUCUCGUUUCGUGAAGUGGACUUCCGCCUCCAGAGCAUAACAGAAAGGAUAGAUGCAUUAUAUAGCUUGGCAAUGAAGAUUCGUAACCCACGAAAUCGCCAGCAGCGCCCAAACGACCAGUUGUAUAAUGAUAUAUCAGCCGAAGAUCGUGCGUCGUACAUCAAAGAGCGUGAAGAAGCUGAGAUUGCUAUCAUAGCAUAUGCUCAGCGCCAGCAAAUCAUUGAAAUGAGCCCUCGUGAGGACGCAGACCCUAUACCCAUGCCCGAGGAACUUGUCGGUCAAUAUGUCACAGCAGACCAUUGGCUUAUUCGUAGGACUGGCAUCUCGAACGCACGCCGCAGGCAACAGUUCAUAUACUGGAAAGACCACGCCCUCAAGCUAAGCAAAGCGCCUGUUCCAUACCCAUCAACUGGAUCAAUAGCUGAACAGCCGGGCAAAGGAACGCACGCGUAUCAGUCUGUCCAUGAUAUACCAGAACAGUCGGUAACAACUUCAGCAACCCCUCUCCCUGCUGACUUCAUGAAACCUGGGGAAGCCCGAUCUGAAGUUUCACACCAAAGUCGCGUGUCAACGGCAAUUAAUUGGAAGGGCGAAAAGUUUGAAUGGCCAGCGCCACCAACAAAUAUUACAAAUGGACAAUAUUUCAUCUGCCCCUACUGUAAAAUAUUAUGCCCUCGACGAUACCUAAAUAAAGACGCUUGGCGUGUACAUCUCAUUCGCGACUUACAACCAUAUCACUGCACGUACGAAGAUUGCCCGGGGCCCCAUCAACUUUAUGGGACAAGGCAAGACUGGAUCAAUCACGAAAGUCAGCACUCUCGAGUGUGGCAUUGUCAAACACACGGUGAGGAGUUUAUAACACAACCCGAAUACGUGGAGCACCUAAAAAUAUCUCAUCCCGAGGCCACACCCGACCACUUUUCUCCCGAGCUUAUCGCCAGUGUUGUAGGGCCAUCUCUGAAACAGCAGCGUCAUUGCCCUUUUUGUCCAGCAGCAUUUAUGGAGAUCAUCGAAUUGGAGAAACAUGUCGCCUUUCAUCUCGAGCGGUGCGCAUUAUUCGCCUUACCUCCAAUAGCGGAUGGUCCAUAUGAGGGGGGUGGCCACGUUCGCUCGUUAGAUAAUUACGAGGUUUAACAACGUGGCCGGUAAGAAUUGAUAACUGAGGAUUUUGAUUUAACAGACGACCUGGAAUUCUCAGAUAAUGUAUACGAUGAAAGCCUGACAACAGACAACGAAGUCAACGGAA